ACUUAGUUUAAUUAUUCGUUAACAUCGAUAGGACCGCGCUCUUGUCAAAUAUAUUGACUUAAUAAAAAGUUUUUUAUUAUGGAUAUUGAAUUACCGUACAUGGUGGAAUAUGCCAGAACUGGGAGAGCGUCUUGUAAAGGAUGUAAAUGUUCUAUUCCCAAAGAUAGCCUUCGAAUCGCUGUUAUGGUUCAAUCCGCAUUUCAUGAUGCAAAAGUACCGAAUUGGUAUCAUAAAAGUUGCUUUUUCAAACACCAACGUCCUGCCUCUGUGGGAGACAUACAGAACUUUCAAAACCUUCGGUUCGUUGACCAAAAUGAAUUAAGUGAUCUUAUUGGAAAUAUAGAGAAAAAUAUACAUGCAAAAUCGGGAACGAAGCGAUCCACGGCUUAUAACUUAGGACUUAAAGACUUUGGAAUCGAAUAUGCAAAAUCAAGUCGUUCGACGUGUCGUGGAUGCGACCAAAAAAUAAUAAAGGAUCAAGUCCGCCUACGGAAAACUGUUUUUGACACUGAAGUUGGUAUGAAGUAUGGAGGGCAGCCGCUAUGGCAUCAUUUGGAUUGCUUUGCUAAACUGCGCUCUGAACUUGGCUGGUUUGAUUCAGGAGCAGCCUUGCUUGGUUAUGCGAGUCUAACGAGUGAUGAUCAAGCGGCAGUAAAAAGCGUUCUCCCAGCAAUAAAAUCUGAAGAAUUACCUCAAGCAAAAAAAAUUAAAACGGAACUGUUAAAUAAUACCGAUGAAAUUGAAAAAAUUAAAUAUUUACAAAGUCAAAAUGACGCCAUUUUUAAGUAUCGGGACGAACUUAAAAGUACAAUGAAGAAGACCGACAUUGAAAAACUUUUACAGUUGAAUAAUCAACAGCCUUUAUCUGGUGACUCUGAAAGAUUAUUAGAUCAAGCAUCAGAUUUGCUGACUUUCGGUGCUAUUGAAUCAUGCUCUGAAUGCGGCAGCUCUCAAUUUAUUUUUGAUAAGUCUGGUUACAUUUGUAACGGAAAUAUUUCUGAGUGGAGCAAAUGCACCAAGGUGUUAGCGGAGCCGACCAGAUCAGCAUGCAAAAUACCAAAAGAUCUUAAAGCAAGAUAUAGCUUUUUAAAUGUAGUAAACAAAAUGCCAUCAACACGCCUUAUUCAAUAUCUUCCUCCAAGUGAAAGGACCUUAUCUAAAAAUCUGGAGACGAAAAAUUUAAGCGACGAAUAUGAUGGGCCGAAAAUUGUACGUAAAAAGCCUGCUUUAUACAACCUGAAGUUUUCAAUUAUAGGCUUAAAAAACCAAGAGAAUGAGUUAAAAAAGCGAAUAGAAAAUAUGGGUGGCAAAUGUGAAACCAAAAUAACGGAAAGCACAAUUGCAAUUAUAUCAACUGAAUCAGAAGUCAAAAAGGUAUCUAGUCGGAUGAAAUCUGCACAGUUGCUUGGGAUACAUAUUGUGCCCAUGGAAUAUUUAGAUUUUGUGGAAGCUGACGCAGAAGGAGCUAUUAUUUAUAUAAAUAGCAUGAGUAUCUGCAAUUGGGGAACAGAUCCAACAUUAAGAGUUUCACAAGAUACAACAAAAACCUCAAAGCUUAAAAGUAUAUAUACAAAAUCCAUGCCCAUAUCAAGAGCGUUUAAGGUAAAAGAUGGUCUGGCUGUUGAUCCUGACAGUGGGCUUGAGGACAUCGCCCAUGUUUACGUAGAGAGUAAAGACAAAUACAGUAUUGUGCUCGGUUUGACUGACAUUCAGCGAAAUAAAAAUUCAUUUUACAAGUUGCAGCUUUUGGAAUCAGAUAAAACGGCAAAGUAUUGGAUUUUUCGUUCAUGGGGCCGAAUUGGAACUAGUAUUGGAAGCUCUAAGGUUGAGGAGUUUAACACAAGUGAUUCUGCUAAAAAAAAGUUUAAAGAUAUAUAUGCUGACAAAACUGGAAAUGAAUUCGAACAACGAGACCAAUUUGUUAAAAUUACCGGUCGUAUGUACCCAAUAGAAAUGCAGUAUGAUGAUGACCCAAAGUGGUUAACUCAUAGCGGUCGGUCUGUUGAGUCUAAGUUAGAAAUUUCAUUGCAAAAUUUAAUAAGGCUCAUGUUUGAUGUAGAAUCUAUGAAUAGAACUUUGACAGAGUUUCAAAUUGACAUGAAUAAAAUGCCUUUGGGUAAGCUUAGUGUAAAUCAGAUUCAAUCCGCUUAUAGUGUUAUAACAGAAAUUUUUAAAUUAAUAGAAUCCGGAACAAGUAAUGCAAAUUUAAUUGAUGCUACUAAUAGGUUUUAUACAUUGAUUCCUCAUAACUUUGGAGUUAAAUCUCCAACAUUAAUUGAAACACAUAAACAAAUCGAAGACUUGCGACAAAUGCUUGAUUCAUUAACUGAGAUCGAGGUUGCCUACAGGCUAAUCAAAACCGAAGACGCAACUGAUAAUAUUAAUCCUUUGGAUAAACAUUACAUGCAAUUAAAAACGGAAUUAGUUCCACUAGAUAAAAGUAGUGAAGAAUUUUCAAUUCUAAACAAGUAUGUAAAAAACACUCAUGCUUCUACCCAUAGCAGCUAUGAUCUUGACGUUGUAGAUGUGUUCAAAGUUGCUCGCCAAGGGGAAGCAAGGCGUUAUAAACCAUUUAAGAAGCUACAUAAUAGAAAAUUGUUGUGGCACGGAUCUCGGCUUACCAAUUUUAUUGGUAUAUUAUCGCAUGGAUUGAAAAUUGCUCCUCCAGAAGCACCUUCAGCUGGCUAUAUGUUUGGCAAAGGCAUUUAUUUUGCAGAUAUGGUGUCGAAAUCAGCAAAUUAUUGUUGCACAAGUCAACAAAACUCAACUGGGUUAAUGCUUCUGUCCGAAGUUGCUUUGGGGGACAUGAUGGAAUGCACUGCAGCAAAAUAUAUUACAAAACUACCAAAGGACAAACACAGUUGCUUUGGUCAUGGUCGCACAAUGCCAGACCCGAAGAUGAGCUAUGUAAGAAAUGAUGGAGUCGAAAUACCGUUGGGGAAAGCAGUCACCACUGAGAAAUUUCAAUCAUCGUUAUUAUACAAUGAGUACAUAGUGUAUGAUAUUGCUCAAGUUAACUUGCAAUAUUUGUUUAGAAUGGAAUUUAAGUAUAAGUACUAAAAUAGUUUAAACUAUAUCUUCUUUCGAAACAAAAAAUGUAUCUACUUUUUAUAUUUACAAAUUUAUUGGCGCUGGUUUGUGCUUACAUGAAUUAAAGUAUUUAAAAAUUCAAUCAAAA